AUGACAUUCCGCUUCACCAACUCAACCAGACCUUCUGUUAACAAUGGCUCUUCUGUUGAGGAAGUAACUAGGAGUCUGGGCACUUCUGCCAUCAACUCGAAGGACAGAAUCAUCAUUGCCCUUGACUUUGGUACGACAUAUUCUGGUGUUGCAUAUUGUUUCGCUAGCUCUUCUGAUGUAAAGCCAGUCGUCGACUGGUUAGGUCUCGAGGGUCGCACACAGCCAAAAGUUCCAACUGCCAUCGCCUAUGACCCAGAUGACAGCUCAGAGUUCAAAUGGGGAGGACAGCUUUCCUGGCGAGAUGACCAUGUACAGGGUGUCAAGCUCCUGCUGGACCCUAAGCAGACAAGACCAUCAUACCUCCCUUCGGCUAACGUCAAGAGUGAGAUGAAAAGGCUCCCCAAGAGUGCUGUUGAUGUUGCAGCCGACUUUAUUGGAGCUAUGUAUAGUCACGCUCUGGAGAAAAUUGGGUCCAGAGUGCCUCGAGACUAUCUCGAUCUCUGUCAAAAGACAUUCGUUUUAAGUGUCCCGGCUGUUUGGUCAGAGAAGGCCAAGGAGAGUACUAUACAAGCUGCGAAGAAAGCAGGAGUCUAUCCUGUGAUUCUCAUCAAGGAACCCGAAGCAGCAGCUCUCUACACGUUCAAAACACAAGAGCGAGCGAUGAGUGUCGGUGAUUGCUUUGUCGUUUGCGAUGCCGGAGGCGGCACCGUAGAUCUAAUCUCCUAUGAAGUUGUUGCAACUGAACCAACGCUAGAUCUUGCUGAAGUGGUUCCAGGCACGGGUAACAUGUCGGGAUCAUUGGGUCUUAACAAGCGUUUUGCUGAAGCCGUCAAGGACCUUAUUGGAGAGGAGGAAUGGCUAUGUCUCAAACAUACAACUGCUUGGGCAAAGGCCGAACGUCAGUUCGACCAAGAGGUCAAGACAGCCUUCGCAGGGGAUUUAGACGAGGAGUAUAUUGUCAACUUUCCAGGUGCCCAUCUGCCAGACAAUGAAGAUGAGGGUUUGCGACGAGACACCUGGUUCAUGCCUGGGGAGGCGGUCCAAGAGAUAUUUGAACCCUUGAUUGGCGAUAUCAUUCGCUUGGUCAGGGAGCAGGUUCAAAGUGCUUUGCUUGAGCGCUCGAACAAACCUGUUAAGGGCAUCUUUUUGGUAGGCGGAUUCGGUUCGAGUCAGUACCUUAAAAUCCGUUUAGAAGAGUCAAAUCCAGAUGAUGCGUGGGCCGCUAUUGUUAAAGGUGCAGCACUAAGCCGACUAUCGCACACCAACGUAAUAUCAACAAAGUCGAUGCGCCACUACGGCGUCAAGUCAUGGUGUAUCUAUGAGCCUAUGACCGACAAGGGACGGCCAACUGAAAUUUCAAUCAUAAGCGGCGAGCUUAUGACCGAAAGAAUGGAUUGGUAUAUACGUAAGGGAGAGAACUUGAGGCGCGAUCGCGACGAACGGUACACUUACGUGAGGCAUAUUCCGAGAUCAUAUACGGAUAACGAUCUUCAGUUCGAAGACGAGCUAUGGAUCUCAGAGACUGGACCAACUCACCCUACCCAAGAAAUCAAGGUCACUUGUGUUCUGGAAAGUGAUUUGAGUUCGGUGAAUAAGUCGCGAUUCAAAAAGGUUCGAGGGAUCGAUGGCAAGAAAUGGUGGGAGGUUUGCUAUGAUCUUGUCAUUUCUACUAGAGAGGCUGCUAUGAAGUUCUGGUUGGAGUUUGAUGGGAAGGAGGCUGGAGCAGUCCUGGCGAGGUAUGAUUAG